UCAUCGGUGCUAUAAAUCAUACAUAAAGGAAAUGGAAGCCCAUCCGUCAAUGUGAUAUCAGACGUAGUGUAGCAGAGUAUAGCUUUAGGAGCCAUUCAACACUAGAGAUCAUGUCUUCCACACCAGCAGCAACAGCAGAUGAUAUUGCCAAACAUGGCUGGGCCGCCUUUCCAGUCGACGGCAAUGCUGUCCUCAAUGGGAAACCCUAUCUACACGAACCUUCGCCCCUGGUAGUGAAGGAUAUCCCUUUUCCCUCCAACGAUGCUAUCGUCGCUGGGAUUCAAGAGUACGCCAAGAAGCAUCUUAUCGAAGAAACGUACAAUCAUUCAAUGCGAGUUUACCACUGGGGAUAUUCCAUCCUCAAGGACCAAUUUCCCGAAGAAUUUGGCAAGCUCUCCUUGUCCACAUGGGCGCUGACGUGCCUCCUCCACGACAUCGGCGCUACGCACGAGAACUUACGGACAACACUGCUGUCAUUCGAAUUUUAUGGAGGAAUUCUAGCCCUGAACCUAACCAAGGAACUCGGUGCACCACCAGCCCAGGCCGAGGCUGUAGCCGAAGCAAUCAUCCGGCACCAGGACCUAGGUACCGUCGGUAAGAUCACGUUCCUGGGACAGCUCAUCCAGCUCGCGACCAUCUACGACAACAUGGGCAUUAACCCGCAGAUCAUCGACGCGGUCACCAGGGACGAUGUCAAUAAGGCGUAUCCGCGCAAGGGCUGGAGCGGCUGCUUCUCGAAGACGAUUAGGGAGGAGAAUGGGCUUAAACCUUGGGCUCAUACUACGCACCUUGGCGAGGAGGAUUUCCCCGAAGGCGUGAAGAAUAAUGAACUUAUGAAGCCGUAUGAUAACUGGGGUUUAUGAUGGAGUAGAGGGCUGGAGAGAGGUUUCGGGAUGGUGUCAUCUGGAAGAAGAGUGGGCGACCGACACCCAAGUUACUGUUUAAGCAAGCAGUUGAGAUUUUUGCUCCGUUUGUCUGGAAUAGUAACGCGAUUCUACCUUAGGUAGUUAGACAUGGGCCCAGAAUGACAUAUACCCUGCCCAAAUGUUCCUACUCUUGUAAUUUAACGAUCUUGUAUUGUGUAAGGGGGCUGCUUGUGUCAUUUCCUAUGUAGUUGGCCAAAAAUAUUUUUAAUGAUUAAUGCGGACUCGCGAUCACAAUCAGCAAUCC